CGUGCGCGGCGGCGGAGUAGGAGUACAGCAAGUGGCGGCCCGGGUCGAUGGACAGGGACUCGAGGUGCGCCGCAUGGCGCACGGCCUCGGCCGAGAGGCCAGCGUCCAGCGCGGCCAUGGCAGCCGCUCGGCGCCGGAGCAGGAGCUUCACGUGCGCCAGGAGCUGGGACACGGCCUCCGACUCCGUCGUUGGGAUUAUGAACGCCGAACCGGAGCUGGAUGUCUUGCCGGACGGGACGCAGGGAGUCGCGGCGGUCGCGGAGGACGACGACGACGAGAAACUGUCGUCCGACCAGCACACGCUCUCGCGGCGGAACGCCACCGAAGCGAGGCGGCGGCCGGUCUGCAGCAGCACCAUAGCGUCCUCGAUGAGGCCGAGGUGGAAGCAAGCUUGGCCGAGGACCAAGUACCUGUACGUCCCGUACCUCCACUGGGUACCGGUGCUCGGGUUCUUGGAGAGGCCGGCAAGGACGCGGCGCUUGAGCUCGGAGAUGUCGAAGCAGCAGAAGGAGCGGACGGGGCGAGCGUCAGGUUCCGCGUCGUCGGAGCGGUGGCGGUCGGGCGAGAAGAGUUUGGCGCGGGAGAUCGUGCCGAGAUCACCGGAGCCAGUGGACAAGAGGGACGCCGACGAGGACGAGGAGGUGUCCUCGCCAGAGCACGACUUGCCGCGGCUGGGGAUGUAAUCGCGGAGCAUCUCCGCGACCUCGCUGUAGCGACGCAGCGCGAGGAACGCGCGCGCCCGCAGCUCCAGGGCGGCCUCCAUCCGCGG